GUGUGGGACGUUGGUGGGCACGACAAAAUAUGCGCCGUGAGGCGGCAACACUACCACGGCACGAAGGGGCUGAUAUUCGUGGUUGACAGCCACGAUCAUGCUCGCAUGCAGAAGGCCCGCGAGGAGCUCAACAAAAUGUUGAGGGCGGACGAACUGCGUAAGGCGGUAGUUUUGGUUUUUGCCAACAAGCAGGAUAUGCCGAAUGCAAUGACCGCAGCAGACGUCACGGAAAAGCUCGGGCUGAACGACCUGCACCAUCAGUGGUUCAUCCAAUCUGCCUGCGCCACAACGGGAGAAGGCUUGCAUGAGGGAUUGGAUUGGCUUUCCCGGACCUUGUGCUGA